UAAGAUGGCGGCGGCGGGCGCGGCGGACGCUCAGGCGCGCUUUGGUCACUCGGUGAAGGGGCUGCUGACCGAGAAGGUGACGAGCUGCGGCACCGACGUGAUCGCCCUCACCAAGCAGGUGCUGAAGGGCUCCCGCAGCGCCGAGCUCCUGGGUCAAGCUGCUAAGAACAUGGUGACGCAAGAAGAUGCCAUCCUGCACUCGGAAGAUAGUUUAAGGAAAAUGGCCAUAAUAACGACUCAUCUGCAGUACCAGCAAGAAGCAAUUCAGAAGAACGUGGAGCAGUCGUCAAACCUGCAGGACCAGCUGAGCCACUUGCUGAAAUGAAGUGUAGAGAAGGCAUGAGGACAUCUUGACUGGCACUGAGGACAGUGAAGCGUCCUUUCCCUUCCAGACCCGGGGGUUCAAGCCUGUGUUUGGAUGAUGCUGGAUGUCAGCUGGGAGAUGUGCAGAAUCUCUUUCUAGGCAUGUGGGUCUCUCUUGUGUGUCUCCAUCCCUGUCUCUGCUCCAGAACACUCACCUGCUAGCCAGAGCAAACUGAAACAAACUCACCUGAAACUUUGCUCCCCCCAGCAAUUCUUGUGUCUGCUUACAUCCCACGUAGCGUGAGGUGCUCAGCCCACACCAGCACCCCUGGCAAGAAAUGCAUAAAACUGAGUGUGGGUUUUAAAUACAGGUGCCAGCAGUGUGACACUGAUCUGAAUUUAGACACAGAAGUGGCACAGAGUGUGUUUUAUUUAGGGCAUGUUAAUCAGUGGGAGCUGUAAGUGGGUGGGAGAGGUGCUUCAGUGUUAACUGAGGUGCCGGUCCCAGGACAGCAAUUCUGAAGGUGGGAAUGUGGGCACACACCUCUGUCACUGGUCAGCUGGACAUGGUUUGGCCAGCAUCCUGCUCAGAGGUUAUCUUACUUUCCACCUUGCCAGAGUUCAGAACAUCAUCCCCUUGCCAGCCCAUCUGCACUGCUUUCAGCCUUCAACUGCAUUCCUCUUCCUGGGCUGCGGCUCCAGCUUUUGAUGAAGCAGCCUUGGCUGUGGUGCAUGUAUCUGCUUGGGAAGGUAUCCAAAGUCCUAGCCUGGAAGUGGGCAGGAGAGCAUGAGGGGCUGGUGUGCUCAGUUCUGCACUGCUCUGUGCUGGAGGAGUAACAGCCAGGCUCCUGUUCAUAUCCUGGGUAGCAACAUCAGGCCCAGGCUAUAAAUACUGUGUGUUGGUUUUGGUAGGUCACUUAUCUGGAGCACUUGGAGUGCACGGGAAGCACUUGUUUGCCCGAGUGUGCUUUUCAUCAGCUGAUAGGAGAAGGCAGGCUGAGAGCAGGCAUCAGCCUGACACGUUCCUGUUGGAGUGAUGCUGGGCUUUGGCUCCUGAGAGCCACCUCCUGGGCUGUAUUUCACCAUCCCCUCCAGUGGCACUGACUGACCUGGUGGCACUAGUGCUCCUGCGUUUGCAGGUGGUGCUACUGUUACCCGGGGUCUGUAUAGUGUGUGUACGUGUGUGUGUGUGUUUGUGCCUUGGGAGGGGUCCUGAUCCCUAGCUUUGGGAAUGAGGGGUUUCCCUGAGCUGUGACUCGCUGAGAAUAAA